CCUACAAAUACCAAAAUUCUUGCACGGGUUUCCUUCGCAUUGUUCCCCUAGAGAACUUAUCCAGUUGGAAAUCAUGCUUACUUGCAAAGCAUGUAUAAGGAAGGCUUGUUAUCCAUUUAUAAGUCAAUCUCUCCGCCCGAAUCGAAUCCUUGCCAAUUCCCUCCCAGCCUAUGCCUCGUUUGAAUCCCACCAACGGAGGCAAUAUGCGACUUCCACUACCACAGUGACGGCUCCGAAGAAACGCAUAAGGCAAAAUGGCGCCUCGAAUCCUGAAAAAUUAUCUCCAUCAGAACGAGCUGCCCGAAAGCAGUUACAAUACUUGAAAGAUCCGCUACAUAUUGCCAAUCAUGUUAAGAAAAUACUAGAGAAAGAUGAUUUUGAAGAAGCUAUCGCAAUCACAAGAAUGGCAAGCAAAGAUACAAAGGUGGCAGUCAGUUGGAAUUACUUAAUCGAUUAUCAACUACGGCACGAUAAAAUACAUGCGGCUAUCAAGCUAUAUAAUGAGAUGAAGAAACGCGCCCAAUUUCCAACCGCAGCAACUUACACGACAAUAUUUAGGGGCUGCGCCAGAUCAUCCCAUCCGAAAUUAGCAGUGUCGGAAGUAGUCAGAAUCUACACCAGCAUGUUGGCUAACCCCCGUUUAAAACCGAACACCAUCCAUAUGAACGCCGCGCUGCAGGUCUGUGCAAGAGCCGUGGAUAUCGAUGCCUUGUUUGGCAUCGUGCAGACUGCCAACGACGGUACCAGGUUACCUGAUAGUCAGACGUAUACAACCAUACUCAUCGCCCUACGAACCUAUCUAGUCAAUCAGCGCGACUCUGCCGAAUUUGCGGGAACCAAUGCCGAAGUUGAAAAUGAUCAGAAGCAAAUGAUUUCACGAGCGAAAACAAUAUGGGAAGAAGUGAUAUCAAAAUGGAAAGAUGGUUCUCUCGUUAUCGACGAAUCGUUGGUUUGUGCAAUGGGGAGGGUCUUAUUAAUGGGUGACAUCCAUGACGCUCAGGAGGUAGAGACAUUAAUCGAGCAAACCAUGGCGAUCCCGCAGGAUAGAAGGACGGCGAACAAAUGGAAAAUGGAGAAAGAAGCAGCGGCUCUUGCGGCUCUUCCCAAGGAAGAAAAAGCUACAAGUCUGCACAACGAAGUUAAAGAAUCAACUACCUCAGUCAACGAAGGUGUAGCCCCUAAAAUAUCCAAGGAGGCACUGAGAAUUGCCAAACCUGACGCAAAUACGACGUUGGUCACCCCGAUCGAAAAUCACAAAACCAAGGUUACCAAGGCUUCUGUGUCCGGCUAUGUGAAGCCCGGCAACAAUUCACUCUCUAUGAUUCUUUCCAGCCUUGAAAUGACUCGUAGAACGAGUAAAACUGAGCGAUAUUGGAAUUAUUUCACAGAGACAUAUAACGUCGUUCCUGAUUCAGAGAAUUGGUAUCGACUACUCCUUGCCUUCCGACGCGGGAAGAAUAGCGGCAAGGCAGUUACCUAUCUACGGGAAAUGCCUAAUGAGUUUAAGGUGGCAAAAAGCUUCCGCGCGGCUAUGUGGACCUGUCUGAGGGACAAUCUCAAUACAUUUGCCUUUAUACAUGCUACUGAUGUAUUGGAGAUGAUGAUGGCCAGACCCGAUUAUUCCGACCUAAAUACUUUAAAUGUAUAUCUUCGCGUAGCAUAUGCUAGCAAGCGAACGAUUGAGGAUCAAACCGAUGGGGAGUCGGCGAAUGAAGCAUUCGAUAAGCAGCUUCACGCGGCUCUUGAUAAACUAUGGAAACCGUAUAUGCUCCUCGCGAGGAGCUAUGAGAACCACGGACCGAAGUCAAAGACGCAACGGGAUCUCAUUGCCUUUGUACAAAAGUUAAUGAGCGCCUGCGAUAGGUUAUUACAUCGCGGAGCGCUGGAUCCACAUACGACAGCCCAAAUCAUGUCGAGACGUAACAGUCUUGGUAGGGUUGUCUCAAAACACUACGAACAAAUGAAAAUGAUCGAUCCUAGCUUCAAACCCGAGAAAGAUGCCGAUACAGGCCUAGAAGAUGAGGCUGAUCACGACCUCCAUUCGAGUAGACAAAUUCAUCGACAAAGAUUUCGCGAAGAUAAGGAAGACUACGAAGAGAAAUUUGAUGAAAUGCGAUAAGCACAGGAGAAUAUGGAAUGAAAAUAAUUAAGAAGUGAUCGCCACUAUUUGUUCAUGGAUUAUGAGGUUGGGGAUACCCCUAUACAUAGAUGGAUUUGUAUAAUAAACAAAGACACGAGGAAUUCCUUCGAUGCGUGUGUGUACCUGCAAUGUAAAUAUUGUAUGCCAAUACUGUUUAGGGAUGAAUAGUAUAGAUGUACACACUUUCAAGGUACAUCAAGCACAUGCGCGCAAUGAUAUCACCCCUCGCGAGCGGGAGGAACUAGGUAAA